CGCAUCGUAACCACAUGCUCACGCAUAUAAGACGCUGGGGUGGGGUGGAUUUGGCAGAGAAGCAGGAAGGUUCUCUUGCAUGCUCUCGCUGCUGCGUAAGAAACCAAACAAAAAAAAAGGAACCGGUUCCCGACCGUUGUACGAAGGGAAGGGGCGUCAAACACCCGCUUUCCCGGCCACGAACCGCGAGCGCAAGACAGUGACGACAGGGUCGAUCGAAAGACGGAAAGCAAAAAAACGCACCCGUCAUGCACGGUACCAGCGCACAACACAUUCGACCGGCGGCGUGUACGGCUCGAAAGCGAACCAUCCAGCCAAAGGUGGUGUCCCCCUUUUUAUUGCUAGUGUGCGUGUAUGUGUGUUUUGGGUACCCCCGAAAAACCGUACCCCGGUUGUGAUUCCCGCGUGGUGACACACUAGAGCCUCGUGACGUCUAUAUCCCGGGUGUAUACCGCUCAUUUAGAAAGUAGUGUUUGUUUCUCACCGAAUACAAACUUCACGACGCACGUCAAUUGUGUCCGGCCGUAGUGCGUGCAUAUAAUCCGUGAAAACAGUGCAUCCGUUUGUGUGUUCGUGUGUGCCUGUGCCGCGCAUUGGAUGCGUGUGUGAGUGUUGAUGCUGUUGCCGGUGCAUCCUUCUGUACAAGCCUGUUGACAGUGGCGUGCGUGUGGCAUACGGACCCCGAGCUCCCAUCGAUUGCGCGCUAAUUUUUCCAACAGGUCUGUCUUGCAUCAAUCCACACCUUCAGAACGUUCCACCUCACAACGCUGCACCGGACUGCCAGCAAACAAGCUCAAUCGCUUUCAAUCAACAGGCCCCAACAAGCAAACCAUUUCCUGCCCCCCCGGGGGCCAAUAUAGGCCGAAAUCGUCACGAAAGAAAACCACGGAAGAAAACACUCAUUCACGCGUGCAAAGAAAGUGGUGGCAAACUAGUCGGGGCAGACCUUCAACCGGCGUUUUCAGAUGACGUCGUGUACUAGGCGCAUGUACAAGCCUGCUCAAGCGCACCGUACCCGGCAGCGACGUUUCGCGACGACGUGGCGCAGUUAGCCGGUCCGUCCUCUACGGUGGUUUGCAAAUGGAAGUGCUACUCGGGCGUGUUAAGCGGACCACUAGUACGGCGACCACCAGCACUGUUGUCGUCAGCAGCCUCCACACGUGCAGCAGCAUCGGUGUGCACCGGGUGCGCAAGUGGCGCCACGGGCAACCGCGACGGCAGCGGCGCCGCCGAAGACGCGGACCAGGGUCAGUACCACCGUCCGUGUGUGCAGGACGGGCUGCCCGGUACCGGUACCGAAACCACGCACUACCUAACGCCCUCUACCAGCGGUACACCAGCGCGCUACCAUUCUAGCGUAGAUGGUGGAAUUCGUGUAUGCCAUAGCUUAGGAAAAAGUUUUACCCCAGCAUCGCGGCACGGUGAUGCACAGUGACAGUCAGUGGAACCAUAGUCUGGAAGAGACUCCCAUACAAAUCGAAACGGAACAGAAAACGAAGCAUUUGCAAGCAGUAAAGCGAACCAACAGACACAGUAUUGUGAAGAUUCGUGACGCGUCGCUGUGAAAAAAAAAACAUAAAACACGGUUGUGAUCUAGUGACAGUGUGCAGUUGCAGUUUACAUCCUCCAAGACUCUACACGUCAAAGAGAAAGCUCUCUCUCUCUCUCGCUCUAUCUUUUCUCUUCUUCUCUCUAAUACUUGUAUCGCCUCCCACACCACACGAAGUAUUCGGUCGGCGAUGGGAAUGGUCAGCAUGACACAGCGGAAGAAGAUUCUGUACGGACUAUUCGGCAUCAUCGUGGGACUCUGUAUCGGUGCACUGCUCCGUAACUAUCGAACGCUCGAGAUUGUCAGCAUGUGUAACACUAUCAAUAGCAUGAAGCAGAAAUCGGCCUUAGACAUCAUUGGACUGCAGCCGUCGGAGUUGCCCACCAACUCCCAGAAUAACCUCGUGUUUGUCGGUGUGAUGACGGCGAAGGACUUCCUGCAAGGACGUGCCCGGGCCGUGUACGAAACGUGGGGUAAGCGGGUACCGGGUAAGAUAGCGUUCUUUAGCUCGCAAGAUUCGGUCGCACCGGACCUACCGCUGGUUGCGCUCAAAGGCGUCGACGAUCGGUAUCCACCGCAGAAGAAGAGCUUCAUGAUGCUACACUACAUGUACGAGCACUAUAUCGAUCGAUUCGAGUGGUUUGCUCGGGCGGACGAUGACGUCUACAUACGUACCGACCGGCUGGAGAAGUUUCUACGCUCGAUCGACAGUUCGAAGCCACAGUUUAUCGGGCAAGCUGGACGGGGCAACAGCGAGGAUUUUGGGUUGCUAUCGCUCGAGUUCGACGAGAACUUCUGCAUGGGUGGACCGGGCGUGAUCAUGAGCCGCGAAACGUUACGCCGUGUCGCACCGCACAUACCCACCUGUCUGAAGAAUCUCUACAGCACGCACGAGGACGUCGAGGUGGGCCGGUGCGUGCAGAAGUUUGCCGGCAUUCCAUGUACCUGGAACUAUGAGAUGCAGUCGAUCCUGCACCACAACUCGAGCGGUAACCGAGCGUUCUCUGGUAAUCUGAAGAGCAAAGAGGUCCACAGUGCGAUCACACUACACCCGGUAAAGAAGCCGGCCUUCAUGUACCGGCUGCACGCGUACAUGCUUGGCCUGCAGGCGCAGGAACUUCGGCAAGAGUCACUACUUCUGCAUCGUGACAUCGCACAGAUGACGGCACUGCUGCAGAUACCGCGCAUCAACAAAAACCUGGCGCCGGGUGUGCCGAUUUUUCCCGAGGAUGAAACCAGCACGGGAUAUCUCGGCGAUCAUAAUGUGCUCGGUGCAACUCCAGAUCUGAACCGACACAGGCCACGCACACUGGAUGAAGUGAUCGAGUGGGAGUUUAUUGCGAAAAGCCUCUACUCGGGGAUGCACCCAAACCCGAAACGUCGCACUGAGUCAUCGCUCAAGGAGGGUCUUACGGAUGUGGUCCGCGAAAUCAUGGAGCAUAUCAAUAACUUUUCGCGGCAGCGUGGCCGCGUGAUCGAGUUCCGGGAAUUGCUGUAUGGGUAUAUGCGCGUCAACAGCCUGUACGGGCAGGACCUGAUACUGGAUCUGCUGCUCGUGUAUAAGAAGUAUCGUGGCAAAAAGAUGACCGUGCCGGUGCGGCGACACCUAUACAUACAGCGCUCGUUCACGGAAAUUCGUGUGCGGGAGAUCGUCGACGGUGUGGUACCUAGUCAAGCGGUGACGUCCAGUCCACGGGCGUCACCAAGCACCGACACUACGCGACACAUUAUCAAUGCGACCGGACUAGAUCGCAUCUCACAUCGGGUAAAGUCACUGUUUAAUGGUUUCGAGCGAUUAACGGAUACGCUUGCCAGCAACGGCAUGUCACCGAACACCGGUACACGUCGGGAUAGGAUCGCACUCGUGAUACCACUGUCCGGUCGCUCCGAAACGUUUAUGCGGUUUUUACGCAACUUCGAAGAGGUCGCCCUGCGCCAAGACGGUGCCACCGAUCUGCUGGUAUCGAUGUACGUGGAACCGGUCGAGACGCCGAUGAUUGUGGCGCUGCUAAACAACCUUAAGGCCCGGUACCCGAACAGCCGCAUCAACUAUCUGCAGCUGUACGGGAACUUUUCGCGUGGCGUUGCACUGGACCAUGCGAUAAAAUCGCGCCACUGUAACCCGGAAGAUAUCCUGUUCUUUAUCGACGUGGAUAUGGUGUUUACGGUGCAGUCACUCGAUCGUAUCCGGCACAACGUGAUCCGCCAUCGUCAGAUCUACCUGCCGAUCGUGUUCAGCGAGUAUGAUCCACACGCACCCAGCACAAUACUGUCGCCCGGUUGGCUGGCCUCACCGACAACCGAGCGGCCCAAGAUGGCGACUGAUCCGGAUCGGCCGCGCAACUUCUCCGUCCCGUACCGGAUCACGAACGACAACGGCUACUUCCGGCAGUUCGGGUACGGGCUGGUCGGCAUCUACAAGGCGGAUCUGUUGCGACCCGAUCUCAAGGGUUUCAGCACCGACAUUACCGGCUGGGGCCUGGAGGACGUAAAGUUUCUCGAGAACGUGAUCGCCCUCAACCAGCGCGGCAAUCAACGGCUGCAAGCGAUUGCGGACGGCCGAUGGGAUCCGUUCGGUUCCGCGGCACCAUCGGACGGACCGGUUCCGCCACCGCCGAGCGAGGAGCUCAGCAUCUUCCGGGCGCCCGAUCCGUCGCUGGUGCACAUCUUCCAUCCCAUACAUUGUGAUACGAGCCUGGAGGAGGCCCAGUACAAGAUGUGUCUUGGCACGAAGGCCAACACCAUCGGUAGCUUCAACAUGCUGCACGAUCGAUUCAGCCACAGCCAGGCGCUUCUAAUGUUUGCCCGCACCCACAGCCAAAACCGUGGCAACGGAUAGCGAACUGUCCGGUUCUUGUCACGUUAGCAGUAUCUUGUACAUAUAUACAUAUUAAAAAAAAACGCCCCGUUUCGAAGUGAUUUACUAAA